AUGGCAGAAGUCGAUCAAUUUGAUAGCGCGCUGGAUCUCCUCCGCCGUCUCAACCCAAAACAUACCACCACCCAUUUAAACUCUCUUAUUGACCUCGUUCCCUCCUUGACAGAAGAUCUCCUGAGCUCUGUCGAUCAACCUCUUACUAUUUCUCGCUGUCGCAAAACUGGUCGCGAUUACCUUCUCUGCGAUUAUAACCGUGAUGGCGAUAGCUAUCGUUCCCCAUGGAGUGGUGAAUUCGAGACACCUGUAGGUGGUACAACACCUGGUGGUAUUGAUGAUCAGGGAAACAAUGAUGGAGCUGGAGAAGGUGCUGUUCCUAGUGAACGGGUCAGAAAAAUGGAGAUUAGAGCAAAUGAGGCUUUUGAUGUUUACAGGGAGUUAUAUUAUGAGGGUGGUGUUAGUAGUGUUUAUUUCUGGAACUUGGAUGAUGGAUUUGCGGGUGUGGUUUUAUUGAAGAAAGUUGCACCUUCAUCGUCCAACUCCGCCGGUUCUUGGGACAGCAUUCACGUAUUCGAAGCUGUUGACCGUGCUCGUACCGCCCAUUACAAGCUCACAUCUACCGUAAUUCUUUCCCUCUCUACCAAUGGCAAUGAGCUCGGCGAAAUGGAUCUUAGCGGAAACAUGACACGACAAAUUGAAGCAGAUUUACCAAUUCAAGAUGAUGCGGAACAUAUAGCUAAUAUUGGAAGACUUGUCGAGGAUAUGGAGUUGAAGAUGAGAAACCUGUUACAAGAGGUUUAUUUUGGAAAGGCAAAGGAUGUAGUUGGUGAUUUGAGAAGUUUGGGAAGCUUGAGUGAGGGGGCCAAAGAAAGAAAGGUUAGGGGUGAAAUGUUGGAUGCUAUGAAGAGGUAGAUAGAUAGACAAGGGGCAGAUAGGUAGAUAAGUGUGGUAUAUAGAGCGUUUUGGAAUGGGGCAAGCUUAGAUGAAUGGAGUGGGACAUGUGUUAUGUUUGCAUGAGAUAUGAAAAUACAGGAGCAUUUUAUUCUUUGCUAUUGAAAGCCGUAUAAUUGAGUUCCGUUAAAUCACCUAUUCUGUAUACUAUUAUUUCUACUCGAGGUCUAUCUGCUGGUUACAAUA